AUGCAGUUCUCUACUCUCCUCUACGUAGCUACAUCUCUCCUUGCUACAGCAAGUGCACAUGGUGGUAUUGGAAAGUACACAAUAGGAACUGAUGUCUAUCAAGGAUGGCAGCCCUAUCAAAGUGCUUCGGGUCAAAAGUCUAUCCAGAGACAGUACGGCUCCUUUGAUCCCCUGAUGAUCCCUGAUCUUCAGAAGGUGAACAUCCGAUGCAACAACGCAGGUGCCCUUGGAACCGGUCUUUCAGCUUCUGUUGCCGCUGGAAGCACAAUCAAAUCAACAUGGACCCAGUGGACUCACAGGCCAGCCGCAAUCAUGGUCUACAUGGCCAAAUGCCCAAGCUCAGGCUGCAACGGCUGGGACGGAGCCGGCACUGUUUGGUUUAAGAUUGCACAUGCUGGUCUCAUCUCAGGUACUCAGCAAGCUGGCAUCUGGAUCGGCGACCAAAUCGUCGACACGCUCUCCUGGGACGUGAAGAUCCCAGCAACACUGGCACCUGGAGAGUACCUCAUCCGCCAUGACCUGCUUGCACUUCACCAAAAGGACAACCCGCAAUUCUACCCCGAAUGCGCCCAACUCAUCGUAACCGGCAGCGGCACCAGCGUCCCGCCCUCCUCCCUCCUCCUCGCCUUCCCAGGCGCCUACAAAGCCACCGACCCAGGCAUCGCCUUCAACAUCGACGGCGACGCCGCCAAAACCGCCACUUCCUAUCCGAUCCCCGGCGGCCCAGUCUGGGACGGCACCGGCAAUGCGCCCGCGCCAGAGCCGCAGCCAGAACCAGUUCCCACCACCCUCGCGACGGUGCCAGCGCCCCCCAAGCCCACGACGCCUAGUUGUUCUCCGGUUGCCAGGUAUGGGCAGUGCGGUGGGAAGACGUACAGCGGGUGUACGGGUGCGGUGCUGGACCUAGUGGUGCUGGACCCCAGUGGUACUGGUGGACGCAACAACAACAAGAAGAAGGCCGUCGCUAAGAAGAACAAGAAAAAGAACAAGAAGGAGGCCGCGAAGGAGACGGACGAGGAGGACUGGGAUACUUGGGAGAGAUAUCUGGCCAGGCUUGAGAGGGGUGAGAGGGUUGCGUAA